GAAAGUUAUGGGCUGUGCGGUAAAGUUCAGCUUCACUAUAAGUAUGGAUCCUAAUUCUUCUCUGCUAUGAUAUUUGGUUUUCCUUAAAUUCAAAACUACCCCAAUCUGGAUAAUACAGAAAAAAAAUGGGGGAAAACAAUUUUACGGAGUCAAUCCUGAAAAGCAACAGCUGCGACUUGCAGCGCGCUGUCAUUGGUGGAUCUCCAACAAAAUCUGCGAUUAUGUUUUCCGCCGGUGUCCUUGGGAACGUGAUCGCCCUAAUUCUCUUGGAAAUACGGCGGAGGAAGCAACCCGCAUCUUUGUUCCAAGUGCUGGUCACAUCUUUGGUCGUCACAGAUUUGCUGGGAACCUUCUCCGUCAGUCCUCUGGUUUUAACCGCGUACUUGAGGAAUGAAUCUUUGGUUGGGAUGAAUGACAAGCGAUUCGUUUGCGGGCACUUUGGAUACGCAAUGACGUUUUUCAGUUUGGUCACUCUCGCAAUUCUUCUCUCCAUGGCAGUGGAGCGAUGGCUCUCCAUAGGACAUCCUUACUGUUACGAGAAGCACUUGAGUAAACGCUGUGGGUACAUCACCAUCGCGCUCAUAUACCUGCUUUGCGCUCUUUUCAGUGCCACACCUUUCUUCGGUUUUGGGAAGUAUGUUCAGUACUGUCCCGGCACGUGGUGCUUCAUUGACCUGAACCCGUCUAAGACCGAGCACAAAGCGUUCAAGAUCAUCUACGCGUCUUGUUUGCUUGUCAUGAUAGUGUGUACGGUUUUGUGCAACGCGUCCGUUAUCUAUAAUCUAUUACUCAUGUACCGAAGACGCAAGGCGCGCCGGGGUUCUGUCCAACGGCAGCAAGGACACACGAGGCAUCGCUCCAUCUCGAAGGAGUUUGAACAUCUUGUGCUGUUGGGGUUCAUGACAAUAGCAUUCGUCAUCUGCUCUCUUCCUCUUGUGAUUCAAGUGUACCUCAACACUUACUUUGAAAGUUGUCAAAGUAGCCUCAUAUCCCUUCUUUUAGUAUCGGCCAACCCCAUUAUAGACCCAUGGGUCUUCAUCAUCCUCAGUCCCCCCGUGCCUCGCCUGCUCUGGGACAAGUUGUGCAGGACCGCAAAGUUUAAACGCACCCAGGAGAAUGUCCGUAGCAUCCAUCCGGCCCUGAAUCAUUCCAACCCACCUGUAGAUUCAGAAGUAGGCAGUUUGAUGAAAGUUUACACAGGAAUUCCCGGAACUGCUGGCUCAUGAUUUCUAAAACCUCUUUUUGUUUGUGGGAAUCAUUGUGGAGUGGUUGCUCACUCAUGUAUCAGAAAUAACAAAGACCGAAGAUCCAGGUGGAUAACUGAACAGAUGGACCUAAAACCUGAGGAUGAAAAAAAGGGUGGUGUUACACCUAUAAUAUCAUGGAGUAUAUACAAGAGUAUACUUUUAUAGCUAAGUACUUAUAAGUUAUAUAUGACUUAUUUAUUGCCUUUAUUUAAGGAGAGUAAUCAUUUUUGUACACCGGAAGGAAAACAAGUGUUUAUUUAUCAGUAGGAACCCUAAUGGUAAAUAGAAAUAAACAUUUACAGACUGAAAUGAAAAGCCAUACUUCCUGUUUCAGCUGCGUGGGGAAUGCGCUUGUCUUUCUUUGUAUGACUUCAUGCUUCAUCAGUUUUUGUUUUUUACGUUCCAUUGCAAAUAUAUGCAGGACUGAAUCAUGUUACAGCAAGUCAGUUCAUUGCGAAAGAGGCAAACAGUUUGACUAAACACAGUGCAACAAUCCCAUGCCUAAAGACAGUCAUCUGGAGGGAAGGUGAAAGAGGCUAAACUGAGGAAAUAAAAGUUUGUUCAUCAAGGAAUUGUUUGGGCUAAAUGUGUUACUUAAUAUUACCGGAUAUUUGAAGAUGGUUUUAAAAGGAUUUUUAGUUCCACCUUUUAAAUUGUCACUAAAAUCACAGUGUUGAUAAAAUCACCAUAUUUUGCAUAUUACACUGUAAACACACAAUAAAUUUUGUUUUCUUGGUGUUGCUACAUUUACAUAACAGUUAUGCACUGCGCAAAUGCUUCAUUCAAAGUGACUUACAUAAGAGGCACGACAGCAAUUUGUCAAAGACCCAACAACAUUUGUAAUAUACAAUGCUUAAUAAAACAAAUUCUUCACAAUUAUAUUCAGAUCUAUAUAAAUAGCUGUUAUGAACUGAGGAAAAGUAGUUUUUAGGUAGUUAUUAAUAGUGUGUAAUAUCAUCAGUUUGAUAAAGAGAAAAUCAAUGGCUGCAUCUGAAAAAUGAAAAUUCUGUCCUGUUGUUCCAAAACUUUGGAACGAAUGAUGUUUUGAGGAAUACGAUGGCAAUACAAAUCAAGUGGCUCCAAUGUUGUUUGGUUCCUCAGCGUCUCAGCUAUCAUCUUUUGUGUUCUGCAGUAGAAAGACAGGUUUGGCACAAAAACGAUGACAGAUUUAUCAUUGUUAGAUGGACUAGCCCUUUAAAAGCAUUUUAGCGAUCAUUUUUUUUUAUUCAUCUUAAAGUGCAAAUGUUUAAAGUCUGUGUAAAGCAGUAUUAAAUAUGUGUUCUGAGUUUAUAAAAAAAAAAAAGUUAUCAAACACUCAGCUAAAACUGAAUGAUUAAAAAACGCAAAGUAAAAUAAGUACGACAGGGUUUCAGUGCCAUGUUAAAAAAAAACAAAAAAAACAAAAACAAAUCUAAGAUUAUGAGAUUAAAGUCAUAAUAUUUUGAGAAUAAAGUCAAAAUUAUGAGCAUAAAGUCGAAAUAUUAUGAAAAAGUCGAAAUUAUGGCAUAAAGUCAAAAUAGUUCAAUAAUAAAGUCAAAAUUAUGAGAAUAAAGUCGAAGUGUUUUGAAAAUAAAAUCAAUAAAAAAUCAAUUUUGAGAACAAAAUCAAAAAUUUGAGAAUUAAUUUGUAGCAAUUACGAGAUUAAAGUUGUAAUAUUUUAAGAGUGUAUUCUGUUGUAUUGUGGAUGCAGAUGGCCUGGAUUGGGAGCACUGGGAGAUAUUCCAAAGUCUCAGAUUUUAAAAUCUGUCAGUUUUAUAGCGAGAUACAAACCAAGUUUAUCACUUUUUUUUUUUUCCCACACGGUUUAAUGGGACAAAACAGAUCACUUUAUUCACCUCAGUUUAAGCUGUAUGUGAAUCACUCAUCUUUCUGAUUACAAUGAGACAUUUAUUUAAUUAAAUUAGGCUAUACUGUUUUUUCAUUCAUUCUGAUGUUCCAUCACGUUUAUAUCAUGUUAUAAACUUGAAAUAAAGAGGAAAGACACAUUUAUUUUUUUAUUUUUUGUAAAACUGACAGAAUUUAAAAGCUAAGCUAUGUUAUAUUAAGAGCAACAAAGCACAAAGUUAUUGCGAUUACUGGGUGGCUGGCGUGCCAUAUAUAUUGAAUAAAAGACUAAAUAUUUUUUCAAAUCAUUUAAUGUAUUAAUAAAACGGCAGUGAAUAGUCACUUCUAUAUCUCAGAAAAGACAGCAAUAUAACUUAUGUUAACGAGUUGGAGUCCACUUCAAUCUUUAGAACGUUUUAUUGGUGUUUUUAAUCAAAAUACAUGUAAGGGCAUGUAAGGAAUGAAAGGUUGGACGCCAGAGACGUUUUUGCAGAGUGGUGGAAUUUUCACAAAGAAAACAGUAUAAUUUAAUUGUAAUGUAAUGUAAAUGUAAUGGUCUCAUUGUAAUGGAACUACUACAUUAAAGCAUGUGAAAAACAUAAUAUUGCAAGACACAUUGUUUGUAUUUCGCUAUAAAACUGACUGAUUUUGAAAGCUGUGACUUUGUUUAAUAUUAAAAGUACCAAAAGCACAAAGCUUAUUGCUAUUAUUGGGUGGCUGGCACACUACAAAUAGAAUGCAAUCAAAGACAUGAAAUAUUAUUUCCAAUUAUUUUGACUUUAUUCUCAAAACAUUUCAACUUUAUUCUCUAAACAUUUCUACUUAAUUCUUGAAACAUUUCGACUUCAUUCUGUCACGUGUAGUCCAAGGAAGGCGAUCAAGACAAAGGUAAUCCACAAAAGGCUUUAAUUAUAAAUCACCCGAUACAUGAAGAAUAACAAUUCAAGGCAACAUAAACACAUGUGACUGUAAACAAUAACCGACCUCAAACUGAACAGAAAGGAAACUUUAAAUAGGGUAACUGACUUGGGCAAAACAGGUGAUGGGAGUUAACUAAUAAUGAACUAAUGAGAACAAGAACAUAACCAAACAAGGACAAACGUGACCUGGAAGAAACCAACACGAAGGACUAAACCAAUACAGAAGACAGAACCUAUGUAAAACAAAACACAACAAAAGAGUUCAUAACUGUGACACAUUCUUGUAAUUUCGAUUUUUUAACAUGGCACUAAAACGUCAUCGUAAAUAAGAUAAAAAAAAAUCUUGAAAAAGAAAUAGUAUUAGCUGUUUUGUAAAUUAUUGCAACCAGGUAAGCUAGCAAACUGUAGCAAAGACUAAAAAUACAAAGACGGUUCACUCCUAUACUGUAUUUAUGAAUGGGAGAAAGUGCAACGUGCAAUAUGGCGGAAUAGUCCCGCCUUCUAAACGUGAGAGCGAAUCGCUCAUUGCAUGUCACUGCAUCGGCCAUUAAAAGCAUUGGUUCACAUAGAAACCUGAGGCUAGAACAGCCAAUGCGCAGUCAUAAGCGUAUUAAGACUGUGCAAGCCCACUGGCUCGUCUAGCCUGAAAAAUAAGCUUUUAAAAUGCUAUUUGACCAUAAUAAACAGCAUUCAUGGGGCCGUUCAUUUUAGAUUUUGUUGUUGAUUUGAAAUAUAAUUUAAUUGUGAGUUCAGCAAACAGUUUAUGAGGUUUCAGGACUCCCUCAUUCAUUUAGAUAGGUCUCGGUCUUGUAUGAGCUGCCGAGUGAACAGACUUUCCGUGAAAGGGGUUUGACUGUAGGCUGUAGUCAACAAUGUUAAUGACAGUAACUAGCGAUUGAGCGAUGAACCACUGAUUCUAAUGCACUCUCGUUAUUAGGUUUGUUGGACUUGAAGAAGUGCUGCAUACAGGUCAACCAGUGUAUGACAUAAAAGUACUCUGAAUUGCUUUUACACAGACUUUAAAAUCACUGUUUCAGUAUGGGCAUAUUUUAUCUCACACCCUUAAAAACAAAGGUUCCAAAAAAGGAGGUUUGCUGUGAAAGAACUAUUUUGUGUUUCCCAAAGAACCUUUCAUCAAACAAUUCUUAAAAUCUGAAGAACCUUUUCCCACUAUAAAGUACUUGAAAGAUUCCAUGAAUGUUAAAAGUUCUUCACAGAACCAUCAGUGCCAACAAGGAACCUUCAUUUUUAAGAAUGCAUGACUGAAGAAUAGUUUAAUAAACAUAGCUGUAAAAGCUGUAAUGCUUAUCAGCAGGAUCAGUAGACAUGUUCAUUUUGCAUUUUAAGCAACAGUUUUUUGACACUCUUUACACCCCUAAUCUGAUGAUCUUACAGCUGUGGCUCAGUGUCAAGUCUAGCAGAGCUGAGAGACAGUUUUUAUAUUAGAUCAUUAUGUGUCAUCAAAUCAUGACCAUUUGCAAUGCAACUUGACAAAAUGUCAAUUUAAGACAUAAUGCCAAUGAUUGAUUUUUUCCAUCAGUUCACUUCCUCUAGUGGUUUUAACAGCUUCACAUGCAGAACAUUGGUAUUCAGCUCGAGAACUAUGACAGAAAGUUUGUUUGGAAAGGCACUUAGUAGUUUACGACAAUUCCAUUACAGUGACAGAAUCAGACUUAAACAUCUGAAAUUUUACAGCCACUGUUAUGCACUGAAUAAUGACCUGGGAAAAGCAGAGGUUGCUUAAGCGGUUGUGUUAUUUCCCACAAUACACAUUCGUUUGUGUGUAGACCACAUGUUUUUAGUUGCAGGUAAUUUCCUGUUCUGCAUCUGUUCCUUAACGCUCUACAUGUUGUUUUUUGUUUCAUUCUUAAUGGCACAGCAAAUAGCGACUCUUAGACUAAUGAAAAAGUAAUGGGUGUCCUGUUGUUCACCUUUGUGGGCAGAAUCUCUGACAGGGUCCAUGUGUUCAUUUGCUGUGCUUGUGUUGCUUACUAUCCUUGUAAGGGGAGACUGCAGGGAAACAUUAGUCUGUCAAUCUGGCCAUAUAUUACAGUCUAUUGUGUGGUCGCUGUAAUCUAGUCUGCAGGCCCGAGAAAUGUUAUUUCUUUGACAAAGUCAAAGUGUUCCAGAAACCAGUGUUUGCUUAUCCAACUUUCCUUAUCCAACUGGAACUAAUGCGCCACAUUCUGAGCGAAAUGUAAACAUGUUUAUCA